UCCUAUAUAAGCUAACGCUGCCUUAAGGUUCGUAACCCUAGCUUCUAGUGAGCCACCUUUCAUUUGGUACUCCCUUCCAUUUUUUUCUGCUAAACCCUAGCUCCCAAACUAGCUCAACUCCGUCGCCGUCAUUUUAUCCCGUCGCAGGAGGAUAUCCGAAGCUCCAAGACGAUGUCGGACGAUGAAAGAGAGGAGAAGGAGUUGGAUCUCACUUCUCCUGAGGUCGUCACCAAAUACAAAAGCGCUGCCGAGAUCGUUAACAAGGCUUUGCAGCUUGUGAUAUCCGAGUGCAAACCAAAGGCUAAGAUUGUGGACCUUUGCGAGAAGGGCGAUUCGUACAUUAGAGAGCAAACUGGCAACAUGUACAAGAAUGUUAAGAGGAAGAUCGAAAGGGGCGUUGCUUUCCCAACUUGCAUCUCUGUAAACAACACUGUCUGUCAUUUCUCUCCGCUUGCCAGCGACGAGAUAGUGUUCGAAGAAGGUGACUUGUUGAAAAUUGAUAUGGGUUGCCAUAUAGAUGGAUUCAUCGCGGUAGUUGCACAUACUCAUGUUCUUCAGGACGGUGCAGUAACUGGAAGGGCAGCUGAUGUUAUUGCAGCUGCUAAUACGGCUGCAGAAGUUGCUUUGAGGCUCGUAAGGCCGGGAAAAAAGAACAAAGAUGUAACUGAUGCAAUUCAGAAGGUUGCUGCUGCUUAUGACUGCAAAAUUGUUGAAGGUGUUCUUAGCCAUCAGCUGAAGCAGUUUGUGAUAGAUGGUAACAAGGUUGUAUUGAGUGUAGCUGGUCCAGAGACAAGAGUUGAUGAUGCGGAAUUUGAGGAGAAUGAAGUUUAUGCUAUUGAUAUUGUAGCAAGUACAGGUGAAGGCAAGCCUAAGCUGUUGGAUGAGAAGCAGACAACUAUUUAUAAGAGAGCCGUUGACAGGAGCUACCACUUGAAGAUGAAAGCAUCUAGGUUUAUUUUCAGCGAAAUAAAUCAGAAAUUUCCUAUCAUGCCAUUCACAGCUAGGGCUCUGGAGGAGAAGAGGGCUCGGCUGGGUUUGGUGGAAUGUGUUAAUCAUGACCUCUUGCAGCCGUAUCCUGUUCUUCAUGAGAAGCCGGGUGAUUAUGUUGCUCACACCAAAUUCACAGUUUUGCUAAUGCCAAAUGGGUCGGAUAGAGUCACAUCUCAUCCUCUGCAGGAGCUGCAGCCCACAAAGACAAUAGAUGAUCCUGAAAUCAAGGCCUGGUUAGCCUUGGGCACGAAGACAAAGAAGAAAGGUGGUGGAAAGAAGAAGAAAGGUAAAAAAGGUGACAAAGCUGAGGAGUCAACAGAAGCCGAGCCUAUGGAUGCAACUACAAAUGGCGCCGCUUCCCAAGAUUGAGCCUUUUUGUUUUUCUGUUUCAUUUUUCAACCCCCUCGUCAAUUUUGGUACUUUGUUCAACCCAUUGUAUCAUGUUGGAUUGAGUUGGUUUAUUAUAGUGUUUAGACGUUAAUCCUAAUCAUGUUUCCUGCA